GGCGGCAGUCGGUGAACUGAUUGGAGAGGAAGAUCAAAACAAGCACAUCGGUUUUCCUGUCUGGAAGACUGCUUGUUGGUUAUAACUCUAUUACAUAAAGAAUUAACAUAUAAACAUACAUAUUGUAAUACAUAGUGUACUUCUUCGUGGUUUGUGAAACGAUUGUUUUGCUCAUAGCAUGUCAGUAGUGUAGGUGUAGACGUUAUUGUCUGCUAGCUAGGUAGCUAGAUGCUAGAAAGGUUAGCUUAGCCUAAACAAAGUGAAUAUCCUAUUAUUACAACAAGAAAGGUACAUUGGUGAUAGGAACCGUCUGCCUUCAUGCAGAACAAGAAGACCAAGAUGACUUCGAAAGUUAAAGUGGGCAAGGUGGGCUCCAAGAACAAGGAAGACGCCCCCCACGAACUGGAGAGUCAGUUCAUUCUUCGUUUACCUGCGGAGUAUGCCUCAACGGUCAGAAGAAUUGCCCAGUCCAGUAGUAUGAACACAAAAGACAGACUCACCAUUGAGCUUCAUGCUGAUGGUCGCCAUGGCAUCGUGAGAGUGGACAGAGUGCCUCUAGCCUGCAAACUGGUGGACUUGCCCUGCAUUAUAGAGUCACUGAAGACCGUCGACAAAAAGACCUUCUACAAAACAGCUGAUGUGUGCCAGAUGUUGGUGUGCUCUCUGGAUGGGGACCUGUACCCCCCUCUAGAGGAGCCCACUGGUACAGCAGACAAGAGCAAGAAAAAGGACAAGGACAAAGACAAGAAGUUUGUCUGGAACCAUGGCAUCACAUUCCCCUUGAAGAACACGCGCAAGAGGAGGUUCAGGAAGACUGCCAAAAAGAAGUACAUCGAGUCCCCUGACGUUGAAAAGGAGGUGAAGCGACUUCUCAGCACUGACGCAGAAGCAGUCAGCGUCCGGUGGGAGAUAAUCGCUGAGGACGAAUCCAAAGAGGCUGAGAACAACGCGCUGGCCAACCUGGAUUCCUCGCCUGGCACCUCGGGGAACAAGAUGGGCCACGGGUCCGCAGCCCAGCACGACGAGCUGAGAGAGAUCUUCAACGACAUCAGCAGCAGCAGCGAGGAUGAGGAGGACGAAGGGGACCGGCACGAGGAUGAAGAUCUGAACAUCAUGGACACGGAGGACGACCUGGAGCGCCAGCUGCACGAGAAACUCAACGAGUCCGACUCGGCCCGGGACCAGAGCGACAGCAACAGCCAGAUAGUGAUGGAGUACCAGGUGCAGAUCAACAACCUGAAGGCUAAGCUACAGGACACACGAGCCCGCAAGAAGCAGCAAGAGGAGCUCAUCAUGAAAGUGGAGAACCAGGCGCUCAAGAAUCGCUUCCAGGCCCUGCUGAAUGAGAUUGUUCAUCAGGAGGACCGCGAGAUGGAGCAGCUGGCGUCCCUUCAGGAUCAGCUGGACUCCCUGAUGGAGAAGUGAACAGCAGGUGGCAGCACUAAGUCAGGGAAGGAAGCUGGGUGACUGCCACUGUCACUGCUGUGAAAUUAAAUGACUGCUUUUCUUUGUUGAGAUUGAAAGUUGGCUGUACGUUAAUACACAAGAAAUGUGUUCGUUUUGUUUUC